GUGCCUGGGGCGGGACUUGCCCGGAGGUGGGGAUCUGGGAUCCGGAAACACCUGAGCUAUUCCCGGUCUUAUUUGUUUAGUGCACAAGGGGCGUUUUUUCUUUCUGGAUCUGAUGUCCAGAGUGUGAGGUGUCUUCUCUCCCGGCCUCCUGGAGCAGCGUGGAGGUUGCCGCACUCUGGGCCGCGGCCUGGUGCCCUGUCGUGAGGGCCCCCAUUUCUUCCGACCAUGCCCGCGGCCGCUGCCCCCAUCAUAAGCUCCGUCCAGAAGCUGGUUCUGUACGAGACCAGAGCUAGAUACUUUCUAGUUGGGAGCAAUCAUGCAGAAACAAAAUAUCGUGUUUUGAAGAUUGAUAGAACAGAACCGAAAGAUUUGGUCAUAAUUGAUGAUAGGCAUGUAUAUACUCAGCAAGAAGUGAGAGAACUUCUUGGCCGCUUGGAUCUAGGAAAUAGAACAAAGAUGGGACAGAAAGGAUCCUCUGGGUUAUUUCGAGCUGUUUCAGCUUUUGGUGUUGUAGGUUUUGUGAGGUUUCUAGAAGGCUAUUAUAUUGUGUUAAUAACUAAAAGGAGGAAGAUGGCAGAUAUUGGAGGUCAUGCAAUAUAUAAGGUUGAAGAUACAAAUAUGAUCUAUAUACCCAACGAUUCUGUACGAAUUACUCAUCCUGAUGAAGCCCGGUAUCUACGAAUCUUUCAAAAUGUGGACCUGUCUAGCAAUUUUUACUUUAGUUACAGCUAUGAUUUGUCCCACUCACUUCAAUAUAAUCUCACUGUCUUGCGAAUGCCCCUGGAGAUGUUAAAGUCGGAAACAACCCAGACUCGCCAGGAGAGUUUCGACAUCUUUGAAGAUGAAGGAUUAAUUACACAGGGUGGAAGUGGAGUAUUUGGGAUCUGCAGUGAGCCUUAUAUGAAGUAUGUGUGGAACGGUGAACUUCUGGAUAUAAUUAAGAAUACUGUGCAUCGUGACUGGCUGUUGUAUAUUAUUCAUGGGUUCUGUGGACAGUCAAAGCUGUUGAUCUAUGGACGACCGGUCUAUGUCACUCUAAUAGCUAGAAGAUCCAGUAAGUUUGCCGGGACCCGCUUUCUCAAGAGAGGCGCAAACUGUGAGGGCGAUGUUGCAAAUGAAGUGGAGACUGAACAAAUACUCUGCGAUGCUUCUGUGAUGUCUUUUACUGCAGGAAGUUAUUCUUCUUAUGUACAAGUUAGAGGAUCAGUGCCUUUAUACUGGUCUCAGGACAUUUCAACUAUGAUGCCUAAACCACCUAUUACAUUGGAUCAGGCAGAUCCAUUUGCACAUGUGGCUGCCCUUCACUUUGACCAGAUGCUUCAAAGGUUUGGCUCCCCCAUCAUCAUCUUGAAUUUAGUGAAGGAACGAGAGAAAAGAAAGCAUGAGAGAAUUCUGAGUGAAGAACUUGUAGCUGCUGUGACGUACCUCAACCAGUUUUUGCCUCCUGAGCACACCAUUAUUUAUAUUCCUUGGGAUAUGGCCAAGUACACCAAGAGCAAGCUGUGUAAUGUUCUUGAUCGACUGAAUGUGAUUGCAGAAAGUGUGGUGAAGAAAACUGGGUUCUUUGUAAACCGCCCUGAUUCUUACUGUAGCAUUUUGCGGCCAGAUGAAAAGUGGAAUGAACUAGGAGGAUGUGUGAUUCCCACUGGUCGCCUGCAGACUGGUGUUCUUCGAACCAACUGUGUGGACUGUUUAGACCGCACCAACACGGCACAGUUUAUGGUGGGAAAAUGUGCUUUGGCUUAUCAGCUGUACUCCUUGGGACUGAUCGACAAGCCUAAUCUACAGUUUGAUACAGAUGCAGUUAGGUUAUUUGAGGAACUCUAUGAAGAUCAUGGGGAUACCCUGUCCCUUCAGUAUGGUGGUUCUCAACUUGUUCACCGUGUCAAAACCUACAGAAAGAUAGCACCAUGGACCCAGCACUCAAAAGACAUCAUGCAGACCCUGUCUAGAUAUUACAGCAAUGCUUUUUCAGAUGCUGAUAGACAAGAUUCCAUUAAUCUCUUCCUGGGAGUUUUUCAUCCCACUGAAGGGAAACCUCAUCUCUGGGAACUCCCAACAGAUUUUUACUUGCAUCAUAAAAAUACAAUGAGACUUUUACCAACAAGAAGAAGUUACACUUACUGGUGGACACCAGAGGUAAUAAAACAUUUACCGCUGCCUUAUGAUGAAGUUAUCUGUGCCGCGAACUUAAAGAAGUUGAUAGUGAAGAAAUUCCACAAAUAUGAAGAAGAGAUUGACAUCCACAACGAGUUCUUUCGACCAUACGAACUGAGUAGUUUUGAUGAUACCUUUUGCUUGGCUAUGACAAGUUCAGCACGUGACUUUAUGCCUAAGACCGUUGGCAUUGAUCCAAGUCCAUUUACAGUGCGUAAACCAGAUGAAACAGGAAAAUCAGUAUUGGGGAACAAAAGCAAUAGAGAAGAAGCUGUGUUACAGCGGAAAACAGCAGCCAGUGCCCCGCCACCCCCCAGCGAGGAGGCUGUGUCCAGCAGCUCUGAGGAUGACUCUGGGACCGACCGGGAAGAAGAGGGCUCUGUGUCUCAGCGCUCCACUCCAGUGAAGAUGACCGACACGGGAGACAGUACCAAAGUGACUGAGAAUGUGGUCCAGCCCAUGAAAGAAGUAUAUGGAAUUAACCUCUCAGAUGGUCUCUCAGAAGAAGAUCUCUCCAUUUAUUCAAGAUUUGUUCAGCUGGGUCAGAGUCAACAUAAACAAGACAAGAGCAGCCAGCAACUCUGUUCCAGGUGCCCAGAUGGAGUUAUAAAACUCAUUUGAAUGGGUAUUUCCUGGAAAUAAGAAGAACAUUCUCCAACAAAAUCACAAUGCAAUCUAGUAAAAUCAGGAAAUCAACAUCAGUGCAUUGCUACCAACGAAUCCUCUAACCUCAUUCAGGUUUUUGCCAUUUGUCCCAAUAAUGUCCUUAAUCACAAAAGGGUCUAGUUUAGUGCCGCCCGUUGUAUUUAGUUGUCACUUUAAUCUCUCCUGCUCUGGAACAGUUCCCUAUUCUUCCUUGAUUUUCAUCUCCUUGCCCAUGGAUUUGGGUCUGUUAUGAUGAUCUUCAGAUUAUGAGCCUUCAGCAGUGUGGUAGCCAGCCUUCAAAUUGGGCCCCACCUCCUGUUAUUCCCACCCUCGUGCAGUCUCCUCCCACGUGAUACCACAAUUGAUCUUUGUGACCCAGAGCAUAUAGUAGAAGUGAUUAAAUUAUGAAGUGAUCCUGUUGGAUCACUUGCUCUGUGGGAAGCCAGCUUCCAUGUCAUGAGCAGUUCUAUGGAUAGGCCAGCAUGUCAACUGAAGCACCUAGCCAACAGCCAGUGAGAAACUGAGGACUGCCAACAAUGUUGAAUGAGCUUAGAAGUGGAUUCUCCAGCCCUAGUUAAACCUUGGGUUGACUGUCAUCUUGGAUGACUACUUCACUUCAAUCUUGUUCAAGACCUUAAACCAGAAUCACCUAAUUAAGCCACUCCCAGAUCCCUGACCCCCAGAAACUGUGACAUAGUACAUGUUUGUUGGCUUAAGGUACAAAAUGAAUAUACACAGGAAGAUCACAGAAGUGAUGGUGGGUUCUUUCCAUUGCAUCCUAACAGAUGGCACACAAUUUCAAUUUGUCCCAUUACUGAUGAUCUUUAUUUCCAUCCCUUGGUUAAAAGAGGUAUCUUUUGGACUUCUCCCCUGUGAAGUUGCUCUUUUUCCUUUUAAUUGAUGAAUAUAUUUGUGGAAGAUACUUUCAAACUAUGUAACUUCCCAUUCUUUAUCAAACUUACAAUACAACUUUUUCAGUUAUUUCUCUCAGUGUGAGAUUGCAGCUUCCUAGUUUAUUCAUUGGGGAAUAAUCUGUUACACUCAUUAUUUAUUUUGAUGCUCAAGUUGUCCCAAAUUUCACCUGAGUCCCUUCAUCCUGGCUCCUGUGUUCUUUUGACAUGUCCUCAUCAUUCUUUGAACACUUCCCUUGAUUCUGGGCACAAAAUGUUCUAAGCUCAUCAUGUUCUUUGCCUGCCCCAGCCCUGAAAGCAGUCAUUUCUCCAAGGAUCCCUGGUUCUUUUUAGUGGAAAAUGGUAUUAAAGCCAAGGUCUGGGCACUAGGUGUGUCUGUUGCUGGUGGGGGUGUUGCUGCUCCCAGGCCCACUUAAAAGACAUGCACACAUUUACCUAUGUAUCUAUGUAAAUAUGUAUAGAUAGACAUAUAUGUAUAAAUACAGACUGCACAAAUAUACAUAUGUGCAUAUAUAAGCAUAUAGUACAUAUGUUUUUAUGUAUUACUUAAUCCAAAUGCAUAUAUUUGUAAAUAUAGUAAAUAUAAAUAUACAUAUAUUUAAAUCUGUAAGUUCAUACUGAUAUCUCUAAUUGUAGGGUAUCCAGGGUUUCUACCUUUCUUCUCCCUUUCCAUGUUAGUGACUUCUUUCUUCAGUAGUGAGAAACUUUGCUUUUGUUACCUUUAUUAUAUUUAUUUGAUUAAUCCCCUGAUAUCAGCCUUCCAUCACCAUUGCAUUGCACCCCUCUCCCCACAUGGACGCCCUCUAUUCAGGCUCUGACUUCCAUCGCAGAAGCACCCACCUUCAUGAAUACCCUCCUCAUCCCCUUGGGCCCCAGGCCACCCCUCCACGUGGAUACCCACACCUGCCUCUCCCUGCCCAGGCCCUGACAUACUACCUCAGGCUGCCCCUGCACAUGGAUGCCCUCCUCACCCACUCAGGCCUUAAUUUCCUUCUGUCUGUCCUCUGUAGGGAUUUACCCUGCUUGGGCUCUGAUUACCCUCUCCAAGCUGUCCCUCCCAGUGUGGGUGCCCUCUUUAUGCCGCUUGGGUUCAGACACCCCCCAGGCUGUUACAGGCUGCCUCUUCUUGCUCUGCCCCCUCUAAUGUCUUUAAGGCUGACUUGUUCAACAGGGGAGAAAGGGGAAGAGCAAGGGGGCUUUAUGAUUUUAUAAAAGAUGUCAGCUGAAAGGGCCAUUCUGUUCUCCCACAGCUGAAUUGUGAAUUUCUUCUGUAGUAGUGGGUUCUAAAUUUCUGACGACACCAGAAUAUUUUGGGAAACUUGUUGAAAUACAAAUCCCCAAGAAAACAAAAGACAACAAUAAAAACAGAGAGCAACCAAAAUGUCCCUAGAAAAUGGUUAAAUGACUAUAGGGAGGCAUUGGACUUUUAGUUACUCUUUAAAUUUUCUACAUACAUACUUCUAUUUACAUUAAUAAUACUAACAGACUAUGGGCCAUGCUUUAUAAUUUUGUAUAUUAAAAACAUAAUUAGCACUAUUAUUAUCUUUUAAAAGAUAAAAAUUUCAGAAUUUAAGACCCUGUUGGUAGAGAUUCUGAGUCAGUACAACUGGGCUAUGGCCUGAAAAUCUAUACUUUAUGUAAAGUUCUCCAUUUGAAUGUAGUGAUCAGCCAGGUUGGGGAGCCCCUGCUCCAGAGGAGUUCUCUCAGGAGCUGUCUAAAUAUCCACUGGGCAGGUGCACCCAACACUCUGUCACAGAUGAAUAUUGACAGAGAUGAAGCCAUAAGCCUGAGUCUUUCUAAAAACUCAGGACUGUUAGGUUUUCUUUUGAAGACUCAUGAUCCUACUGAUACCUCCUUCCAAAACAACUCUGAAAAGAUGUAGGUUAAGUAUUCUUCAAAACUAUCAAGGUCUGGGGUGCCUGGGUGUCUCAGGUUAAGUGUCCAACUCUUGACUUUGGUUCAGGUCAUGAUCUCAGGAUUUGUGAGAUCAAACCCCACCUCUGUGCUGAUAGCACGGACCCUGCUUAGGAUUCUCUCCCUCUCCCUCUGCCCCUCCCUCUCUCUCUUUAUCUCUCUCAAAAUAAACUUAAAAAAUUAAAAACUCUUAAGGUCAUCAAAGACAAGGAAAAUCAACUGUCACUGCCACGAAGAACCUAAGGUAGCAUGACACCUAAAUGUAAUGUAUCUUGAAAGGGACCCUAGAAUAGAAAAAAGACAUCAAGUAGAAACUAAGUAUGGACUUUUAGUUAAUAAUAAUGUGUCAAGAUCAGUUCAUUAAUUGCAAUAGAUGUACCAUACUAAUGGAAGAUGUUAAUAGUAGGGGAAACUGGGUGUGGCUAUGUUGGAACUCUUUGUAUUCUGCACAAUCAUUGUACAAAUUUGAAGAGGUUCUAAAAUUAAAAUUUUAUUAGA